UCACAAAUUCACAACCCCAGAUAGAAUUCUGCGAAUAGUCCUACUUCCUCCAUCCAAAUCAAAGCACAGACCCACAGUCUUACCAGUCAAUAACUCCAUACCAACUUCAUCACCAUUCACCAUCAUCGUCAUUGGUAAGCGUGGGAGAUCGACAUCCAUAAAAUGCCUGUUCUAUAUCGUUCAAUUCUCUCUCCUCAACUCCAGUCUUCCUUAACAUGUAGACAAAUAACCCAUUUCACCUUCAACCAAACCAAAGUCACCUUUUCUUCUUUUCCAAAUUAUACCAAAAUUAGCUGCUCAAUGUUCUCAAUUAUGGAGGAUAAUCCUCCAUUAACACCCACAAUUUUGGAGUCAACGGAAGAGAAGUAUUCUGCAGAAUUGGAUGUUGCUGUUAAAGCUGUUCAAAUGGCUUGUUCUCUGUGUCAAAGGGUGCAAGAGGGUUUAAUUUCUAAGUCCAAUUCUCUUGUUCAAUCCAAAGAUGAUAAAUCUCUUGUCACAAUUGCAGAUUGGAGUGUCCAAGCUACUAUCAGCUGGGUACUGUCUGAAUCUUUUGCCAGUAAAAGUGUCUCUAUUGUAGCUGAGGAAGAUGUUGAAGCUCUUUCAAAGCCUGAGGCAACUGUCCUCUUGGAUUCCGUAGUACAAACUGUCAAUGAGUGUUUAGCUGAAGCACCUCAAUUUGGAAUUAAAAGUCCAAUAAGACCCCUACAGAAAGAAGAAGUUCUUGAGGCAAUUAGGCAAUGCAAUUCCACUGGUGGUCCUAGUGGUAGAUUUUGGGUACUGGAUCCUGUAGAUGGCACGUUAGGUUUCGUGCGUGGGGACCAGUAUGCUGUUGCUCUAGCAUUGGUUGAGGAUGGAGAAGUUGUGCUUGGAGUCCUAGGUUGCCCUAAUUACCCGCUAAGGAAGGAAUGGUUAUCAUAUCAUAACCGUUACUAUAGGAUCUUAUCCAAGCUAACCCCACCAAGACCAGACUCUUGGGAUAGAGGUUUUGUAUUGUAUGCUAAAAAAGGUAGUGGAAAAGCUUGGAUGCAGCCUUUACUCCCACAAUCUAUGAAAUUGGUUGAGUCAAAAUCUCCCAGACCUGUCUAUGUGUCUCUUGUUGAAGACCCUGCCCUGGCUACUUUCUGUGAGCCUGUUGAAAGGGCAAAUUCAAGUCAUUCUUUCACUGCCGGACUUGCUCACAGUGUCGGAGUUAGAAAAGAACCGUUGCGUGUAUACAGCAUGGUAAAGUAUGCUGCUGUAGCUCGUGGUGAUGCAGAGAUAUUCAUGAAGUUUGCAAGGUCUGGUUACAAGGAGAAGAUAUGGGAUCAUGCAGCUGGUACUGUUAUUAUACAAGAGGCUGGUGGUGUGGUCACAGAUGCAGGGGGGCAGCCUUUGAACUUCUCAAACGGUAUAUAUUUGGAAGGUCUUGACCGUGGUAUAAUUGCUUGUGCUGGAGUCCAGUUGCAUCAGAAAAUUAUCCGAGCUGUGGAUGCUAGCUGGGAUUCUUCUUGCUUGUGAUUUACUGACCAACGAAGAUCAAAAGAAAUUCUGAAAUUUUUCCUGGGGUAAGAAGUCUGACAACAAAGCUGGGAUCAACUUCGACGAGCACAACGAAUUGGCAUGUGGCAUGCACUUUUCAGGUAAUCUGGUUGCUGUUACAGGGACUUACAUCAGUGUCUUCACCUCACUUAUACAACUACUAUGUGUUAACUGAAUUUUAUGCAGUUUUUUGUUUACUGCAAUAAUGUACAGAUGCAACAUAAUGUGAAAUGCAAUUACGCAACAUGUAAUUAUGCGUUUUGAGAUCUUAGUCUUGGUUGGGUUCGAUGUAACUACGCCCUACGAGUCUACGGCCCAGUUCUCAUUCAACUUGGGCAAUUCAGUUCCAGUUAAAAUCAGUUUUGGUUAGUAAAACUCAAAACAGUAUUGUUAUGUAAAAUGAUCUUUGUUCAACAGAAAACUUUAUAUGAAGUACUACUUACGUGACAAAAA